CCUCUGAUAAAAACACGCGACGCCAUCUUGGUAAUAGACGUAAAUCCGAUCGGUGAGGAUUUUUUCUCCAAAAAUCUCUGCUAAAAUGUGUGUUUCUCGUGUUCAGUGCAAUUAAUCUGUGCUCAGGAUUCUGCAAAAGAUUUUGCCACAGUGAGAGAGAGAGAGAGAGAGAGAGAUAGGGUCUGCCAAUUGGGAGUCAUGUGGCUGAGGAGUGAACGUCGUGAGUUGCGUCUCCGACGUGCUUGUACUUCCGGCCGUGUUGGAGCCCCAAAGCUCCAUCCGGUACGACGACCAAAGAGCUUCCGGCCGAAGGCAUCGGGACAGAGAUGCCGCCGAAUGGUGCCAUCGACGUCCAGAGUGGGCAUAAAGUGCAAUCCGGGGGAGGGGGGAAGGCGCAGGGGUAGGAAGUCAGAGGAGUGCAAGGAGAACUGCUGGCAGGAUUCCGAAGUGACGCUGUUUGAGGCGAAGCUGGAGAGAUGUGAUGAGGGAAAUGGGGAGGGAAGGGGAUUUGAGGCUGAAGUUGAUAUAGGAUGCCCAGGAGAUGCUUUAAAUCGCUUCCAGCCGAUUGUGCUGGAGGAGGAUGAUAAGGAAAAUGUGGGUUCAAGUGGAGGGAUCUCCUCAACAUCAUCGUGCAUUGUGUGUGAGCCUGAGGCUGAGGAUGAACCAACUCAGUCUCCCAGUGAAUACAGCUUCUCAGCAGCUGUCAGUCAAAUGGUUAAGUGUAUCAGUGAGUGUGAUAGUACGACGGAUUAUGAGCAGAAUUUGCCAACUUCCUCUUCGCUUUCCUCCCCUUCGCCAUCGUCGAGUUCCUCUUCCUCGCAGGGUGGUCAGGAGAGUGGAGUGUCUAGUUUUCAGGAUACUGUGGUGCCGGAGGUGGAUUCAACGACAGAUCUCAUGCCAGAGUGCGAUUCGGGGACGGAGUUGCAGAGGAAGGGAAGAGAUCUACCUAAACUCACCCUUCCCAUGACGUCCUUUGGUGACAUUAAAAGCUUUACUCCUGGAGACUUCUCCAAGCAAUUCCCAACGACAUCUGCCGGCUCAGUGGCUCAAGCUCCUAUGUACCAUACCACAACACCCGACUGGCUCUCCCUCUUCGAUGAGGAAAUGAGCAAAAUCACGCCUGACUUUGCCCAGUACACAGACUUCCUGCCCUACAACACCCUCCUGACUCAGGCUCUCCUGAGCUGCAGUACCGACGGAUUGGGCUGCCCGGGGCAACUGAUGGGAGUUGAUGGGACUGCCAGUGAUACCUCCAAUCCUAUUUCCGAUGCCAUCUUCAUGCAGUCCAUGAGUCAAAGUGCCAUGGACAAUCUCAAGGCAUUGUCCAAUCUCCAGACCCACACAAACUUCCUCUCCAGCAUCACCCUUCCGCGUCCCCUGGACUCAGACAAUCUCAUCCAGAGUGUGAGUCCACUGCCGGAACCGCAGCCACCGGAGGAGCCACUGCAACUGGAAACGGACGAAUGCAUGGAGAUUGAGGAUGUUCCGGAUCAUCGACAUGAGAAUCUCACCUGGACCACCUUCGAUCCUUACGUCUUCAUCAAGCAGCUGCCUCCUUUAACGGGGGACAUGCGUGCCAAGUGUCCGGCUCUGCCCCUGAAGACUCGUUCCAGUCCAGAAUUCAGCCUAGUGCUAGAUCUGGAUGAGACUCUGGUGCACUGCAGUUUGCAAGAACUGUCAGAUGCCAGCUUCAAGUUUCCGGUUCUGUUUCAGGACUGCAAGUACACGGUGUUUGUCCGCACGAGACCCUUCUUCCGGGAAUUCUUGGAGAGGGUAUCGAAGAUCUUCGAGGUGAUUCUCUUUACGGCCUCCAAGAGGGUCUAUGCCGAUAAAUUGCUGAAUUUGCUGGAUCCCGAACGGAAGUGGAUCAAGUAUCGACUGUUCCGGGAACAUUGUGUUCUCGUAAAUGGAAAUUACAUCAAAGAUUUAACAAUUCUCGGGAGGGAUUUGUCCAAAACAAUUAUUAUCGACAACUCACCACAGGCAUUUGGAUAUCAACUAGAAAAUGGAAUUCCCAUUGAAAGCUGGUUUAUGGACCAAAGCGAUAAUGAAUUGAUGAAGAUUCUUCCAUUUCUCGAACAUCUUGCGGCAUUGAGGGAAGAUGUUCGUCCGCACAUUCGUGACAGAUAUCGAUUGUUCUCGUAUUUACCGCCAGAUUGAGUUCGACUAGUUCCUCCUCAGCUUAGUUAUAUGCAAUUCUUAGGCAUAUAUCCAUAAGUCAAGAUUUUUUUUUAGCAAUUUUAAGUCCAAUGAGUUAGCAGAGAACAUUUCUUUGCUAAAAAAAAACUGUGUGAAUUGGUUUUUUUUAAGCUGCGCAAUUUAAAAGUGUUCUUCCCAACAAUUUUUUGUGCAAAGGGAAGCAUAAAAGAAUUUUCUUUUUUUUUGGAUGAGAAAAUGUCAAUUUUAAAAGUGAUUCCAUCAAUCGCACAGUGCGAUCUCUUCGAUUUGCAAUAAGAUCCAAGUUAUUAAAUUGUAUAGAAUAUAGUUAGUUGUGAAGGACAACAAAGUGACUUUGUUUUCUUUAAAAUAGAAAUUUAGAAAAAAAAUCAGUGAAGUGCUUCUUGAAUUUUUUUACAUUUUUCUUUUUAAUUUAAAAAAAUAUCUCCAGACUUUUUCUUUUUAAGCAAUCACAGAAAAAUGUGAUCUUUUUUUUUAAGUUUUGUUGUUUUUUUUUAAAAAAAUAAUAUUUCCAUGAAAAGUAUUUUAUUAUUUUUGUUUUAUUUCUUUACAUUUUAUUGCUUCCAUUCUUUUUCGUAAGAAAGAAGAAACAAAACACAAUUGCCUGGUUUCAUAAAAUAUUAAGAAGUUAUUGAAAAAUAUAUUAGAAAGAAAAUGAAAUACAUUGGAUUAGAUGGAGAUAUAAUAAAAACAAAAGAAAAUAUGAAUGUAAAUAGAUGUAGUAAAUGUUGACUAAUUAGUGAACGGAAUCUUGACGAGUUUAUCAAGUAUUUCUUCAAUUUAUCCUUUUUUUCUAGGUUGUGUUGAUCUUUUAUUUUAAAAGAUUUCUUUUUCUUCCAAGUUUUAAAAAAAAUCGUGUAAGAUUUUCCAAUUAGAAAUUCUAAUUAAGCUUGAGAAUCUUUGAGGUUUCGAUUCAGGAGAUCAGGAAUUGAGAAUUGAACUUUGAAACUUUGAAGUUUGGAAAGUUUGAAACUCUUAAGUUAAAAUAAAGAAUUGAAGGCCCUUAGAUUUUUAAGGUAAGUUUCAGGACCUUUGAUUCUUAAGUUGAAGUAUAACUAUCCCUGCCAGACUUUAGUCCCUGAACCUAUCUGUCCCUGUACUUGGACUAUACGUUGGUACUAAGAAAAGUCCUGAAAAUUCGGUAUGGUAAAUCUGAGGAUCUUAUUUUGAAUUCACAAUCUUGAAGUUUAAUGUUCCUAUUAAGUUCGACUUUGUGAACUGAAAAGCUCAAGGACCAAAAAUAAAAUCUAAUUAUUUGGACUAUUUGGAGGAUAAAAUAACUUUAAAUAGUCACAAAAAUGUUUUGGUUUUGUAUUAGGUCUGUAACCUUCGUGCUACACUUGGACUUAAGUUUUUUAGAAUAUUGAUGAACUUCAGAUCGGAAGUAUCGAAAUUAAAAUGAUCAUAAGGGCUUGAAAGUCUUAACUUAGAAGUUUUUUUUAAUUUCAAAUUCAAAUUAUGAGUCUUCGUGAAAAGUUUUUGAUACAAAAGUUGAAGUUAGGAUGCCAAGAAAAUUAAGCUGAAUUUAAUACUUUAGCGAUCUUAACUUAGAUUUUAGAGAUCUUCAGUUGAAGAUCAUCAGUAUCAAGCUUAACUUAGGCACUGAACUCUGAAUCCUCAGUCGAAGUUAAUAGCGAAUCCUUUAAACUUAAUAGUUUAAAAAUCUUAAUUAUAGAAGGUUAAAGUCAGAAUUAAACCAAAUUUUAGUUGCAAUAAAAGACUCUUAGUUAGAUUGAACUUGAGAAACUCAAGAUUUAUAACUUGAACUUCGGGAAAAAACUAGAUUGAGAAAGCUUGAGGAUCCUAGGCUAAACUCAAGAACUGAACAUAAACUGAAGUUUGCUGAUUUUAAAUCGAUUCUGAAUGAUUAGAGUUAGAGUUUGGGGAUCCAUACUUCAGGGUUUCAAAAUCUUUUCAUGGAUUUAACACGAGACUCUAAAUUAUUAAGAGCUCCAAAGCAGAAUUAGAGAAGAAUUUUUGAAGUGCAGAAUUCUAAAUUGAAUCUAUAGUUUUCAAGAUCUUUGAUUCAAAUUAAGAGUUUGAUCAUUAGGGUAGAAUCACAUUGACAAUAAAAUGCUCGAAAUAGCCUCACCGUAUUUCGUUAAUUUACGCAUUUUCAUUGCAAUUCUUACGAAAAUUUUCCAUUACCGUAUUACCUUAUCUCACACUCGGUGGUACUAGGUGAAAGUAAUAUAAGAAAAUUGAAUAAAUAAAACGAAAAUUCGAUAAACGGUGAAUGAAAAAAACUGUAAGAGAAAUUAAUCGUACAGUUCUUUUUUGCUCACCGUUUAUCGCAUUUUCGUUCUAUUUCUUCAAUUUUUUGAUAUUAUUUUCACCUAGUGCUACCGAGUAUGAGAUAAGGUAAUACGGUAAUCGAGAAUUUACGUAAGAAUCGCAAUGGAAAUUCGUAAAUUAACGAAAUACGGUGAGCAUUUUACUGUCAAUGUGAUUCUGCUCUUAGGUGAAAUUAAGAAAUUUAAAAUCUUAAAUUAAGAGUUUUUUUUUGUGAAACUUUGAAAUACGAUUUUGGUUAACUCGAAUCUUUAGUUGGAUUUAUAAUGUUCUUGAGAUGAAGAAAGAAUUAAAGUAUCUUAAGUUGAAAUUAAGAGAUUCGGAAUCUUAAGGUUAACUUAAACUACUUCAGCUUUUCAAGACCAAUUCGGAAUUCAAGGCAGCUUUCAAGUUGAAUUACCGAACUUCGAAAUCUCGAAUUGACUUUAAGAUUAUUAAGUUUCAAUUUAAAUUUCUAAUUGGAAAAUGUCAUCGAGUAAAAGAAAAAUAGGUGUCAAUAAGUGGGAAAAAAUAGUGUCAAUGGAUUAAAAAGAAUUCUAAAAAAUCAUUCACAUAAACAUUUUAGCAGUCACUGAAAACAAGAAUUAAUAAAAAAAAAUCAUUGGGGAUGUGGCAAUUAAAUAAAGUAUAAUAAAUAAAGUAAAAUCUAAGAACAAGUUAAAUAAUUUUAGUGAUUUUCACUGUUAAUAGAUUUUUUUUUGGAUUCAUAGAAUAAUUGUUUUUUGCAUUAUUAUUUAAAUAAUAUUUCUAAAGUGAUUUCUAUGAGAUUGAUUUUUAUAAUUGUGUUAUAGAUUGAGAAAAAUUUUUGUUUUUCAUUUUUCUAUGCCAAUAUAUAUAUAUUUUUUUUUGGAUGAAAAAAUACAGUAAACUGCAUAAAUUCUCUUUUCUAAAGACUUGUUGAAGCAUAAUAAAUAGACAUACACAAUGCAUUUAAUAUCCAAUAAAAGAAAAAGAAUUAAAAAAUAAAUAAAAUAUUCUGAAAUAUUAAGAAGAGACCACAUUUGUUACUGACAGAAUCGAAAAAAAAUAAUGGAGAAUUAGAAAAAAAAACAUAAACAAAAUAAAAUACAGGAAUUUUUUGGGAAAAAUCUUUAGAAAGAAAAGAUAUAAAAAAAACAAAAAUAAUAUUAAGAAUCAGUAGUAAUUGAAUAAUUCUUCACAUUGAAAAAGAUAAAAUUACGUUUACUUGUGAUUUAAUAAAAUUUUAUUUGCCAUACAUAGAUUAAAUUAUUUUUUAGUCCCUGAAUAUUUCGGAAACUGAAUUUGAUAAAGAUUUAAAUAAAAAAAAUUGUAUACAGUAUAAUCUAGUUCAUGUACAUAAAUGCGUUAUCGAGAAUACCUGCACCCUUCACUCCCUUUUUUUGGUAGCAGAUGAUAAAUUUGUAUUAAAUGUAGUUAGCAAAUUUUUAAAAAUUCAUCAUCUAGUGUUAAACCAUUUCUUGUGUAUAGAUAUCGAUUUAAAUCCAUGUUACACGAUUUUUAGGACAUCAGGAUUUUCAAUUGCAGCAAAAUUGGCUAGAAAAGAAUAAUCCAUCUCUAAAAAAAAACUGAGAAAGUAAAAAAAAAUAGAUCUUACUAUUAAGAGAAAUUUAAAUAAAAAAAAGUUAACAAUAUCAUAUUUUUUAUAAAGAAAAAAAUAUGGUGCUAAAACUUUGCAUUAAAAUGGAGGAAAAAUUUAAAAGGAAAAAAAAUAGAUGCUGUAUGAAAGAGUCCCCAUAUCGAUGAAGUAAUUGUUCUCAAAAAACAAAAAAAAAAUGGAAUAUUAGUGGCAAGAAUUUAUUGAAUGUUAAACAUUUAUCAAAUAUCAAAGAAAAAAAAAGAUUUAUUUACGGAUAUUUUUCUGUUACUCAUUUCGUUGGUUGAAUCAAAAGAAAACUGAAGAAUUCCAAUGGUACUUUUUUGAGAAUCAAAGUCUAAAUUCUAAUGAAGCAAAUUGUUCCUAAAUUUUCAUAAAAUUUCAUUUCAUCCAUGUUUUUUUUUAAAUAAAUUUUAUUUAUAAAACUUUUUAUACUCUUUGGUAGAGAAUAUGUAAAGAGGAAGAUUCAAAAUGUAAAAGAUGAGAAAAUAAUCCACGUUAAAGUAAAAAAGAACUAUUGAACAGAAGAAAUAUUAAUACAAAAAAAAAUGAGUAAUGUAAUAGUAUCUCUUAGAUUAUUCCUUAAUAGUAAAUAUAAAAAAAAGAAUAUCUCUUAAACACUUACUGAAAUAAUCCCUAUACACAGUUGUAAUCGUAAAACUUUGCAGAAAUAAACGUAUUCAAAUCGAAAA